CCCAAAGAAAUCGAACCAAAAACACGUAUCAAAACUCUUCUCCGGUAUCCAAAACCCUAACCUUGGAUCCAGACCUCUUCGUCUCCAUUUGAUAUAAUCGAACUAAUUCGACGGUGACUGUGUGUUAAUACUGGUCGGUGUAACAAUGGCGGCGACUAUGGUGAGCUCGGCAGGCGGUCUUUUGGCGAUGCUUAACGAGCCGCAUCCGUCUCUCAAGCUUCAUGCUCUCUCAAAUCUUAACGCCUUUGUUGACUACUUCUGGCCUGAGAUCUCAACUAGCGUUCCAAUCAUAGAGAGUUUAUAUGAAGACGAAGAGUUCGAUCAAAGACAAUUGGCUGCUUUACUUGUUUCAAAGGUUUUCUAUUACUUGGGAGAGCUUAAUGACUCACUAUCAUAUGCCCUUGGAGCUGGCAGUUUAUUUGAUGUUUCUGAGGACUCAGAUUAUGUUCAUACUCUUCUUGCCAAAGCUAUUGAUGAGUAUGCAACUUUGAGGACCAAAGCAGCAGAAUCAAAGGAGGAUGCUUCAGAUGUAGACCCCAGGCUUGAAGCAAUAGUUGAAAGAAUGCUUGAUAAGUGUAUUACUGAUGGAAAAUAUCAACAAGCAAUUGGAAUGGCAAUUGAAUGCCGAAGGUUGGAUAAACUUAAGGAAGCAAUCACAAACAGUGAUAAUGUUCAUGCCACUUUGGCAUAUUGCAUGAAUGUUUCCCAUGCAUUUGUCAAUCGCAGAGAAUAUAGGCGUGAGGUGCUUCUUCUUCUUGUCAAAGUAUAUCAAGAUCUUGCAUCCCCAGAUUACUUAAACAUUUGCCAGUGCCUUAUGUUUCUUGAUCAACCGGAAGGUGUUGCAAACAUACUAGAAAAACUUCUAAGAUCUGAAAACAAGGAUGAUGCAAUGAUGGCUUUUCAAAUUGCUUUUGAUCUCAUUGAAAAUGAACAUCAAGCUUUUCUUUUGAGUGUAAGGGAUCGCCUCUCAAGUCCCAAACUAAAACCUGAACAGCCUGUAGUCACUGAGACAGAUGCUGCUCAAGGAGAGGACACUCAAAUGGCUGAUGAAACCACCCAAGCUCCUCCUACCCCUAGUGUACCUGAAACAGAUCCAUCUGAAGUAACAUAUGCUGAAAGGUUGACCAAAAUGAAAGGAAUCUUGUCUGGUGAAACUUCAAUUCAGUUGACUCUCCAGUUUUUAUACAGUCACAACAAGUCGGAUCUUCUUAUUCUCAAGACAAUAAAGCAAUCGAUUGAGAUGAGAAACAGUGUUUGCCACAGUGCAACUAUAUAUGCUAAUGCACUUAUGCAUGCUGGAACAACAGUAGAUACAUUCUUGAGGGAGAAUCUGGAUUGGCUAAGCAGGGCGACAAAUUGGGCUAAGUUCAGUGCGACAGCUGGACUAGGUGUGAUUCAUGGAGGCCAUUUACAACAAGGAAGAUCACUAAUGGCACCUUACCUUCCACAAAGUGGGGCGGGUGGUGGUGGUGGAGGUGGUAGUCCCUAUUCAGAAGGAGGUGCACUUUAUGCUCUCGGUUUAAUCCAUGCAAACCAUGGAGAAGGCAUCAAACAGUUCCUACGUGACAGCCUUAGGAGUACUAAUGUUGAAGUUGUCCAGCAUGGCGCUUGUUUAGGCCUAGGGUUAGCAGCUUUAGGGACAGCAGAUGAAGACAUUUAUGAUGAAAUAAAAAGCGUCCUCUACACAGACAGUGCUGUUGCAGGUGAAGCUGCAGGUAUCAGCAUGGGGUUGUUGAUGGUGGGGACCGCUAGUGAGAAGGCGGCUGAGAUGCUUGUGUAUGCUCAUGAGACACAACAUGAAAAGAUCAUAAGGGGGUUGGCUUUGGGGAUUGCGCUUACUGUUUAUGGAAGGGAGGAGGAAGCGGAUACUUUGAUUGAACAGAUGACUCGUGAUCAGGAUCCGAUAUUGAGGUAUGGAGGAAUGUAUGCGUUGGCAUUGGCGUAUAGUGGGACAGCAAAUAAUAAGGCUAUUAGACAGUUAUUGCAUUUUGCUGUAUCGGAUGUCAGUGAUGAUGUUAGAAGGACUGCUGUUUUAGCUCUUGGCUUUGUUUUGUACUCUGAACCUGAACAGACUCCACGUAUCGUCUCCCUGCUGUCGGAAUCUUACAACCCACAUGUCCGCUACGGGGCAGCCAUGGCUGUUGGCAUUUCCUGUGCUGGCACUGGUCUAAGUGAGGCCAUAUCUCUGCUAGAACCUCUCACAUCAGAUGUGGUUGACUUUGUGCGCCAAGGUGCUCUCAUUGCAAUGGCAAUGGUAAUGAUCCAAAUCAGUGAAGCCAGUGACUCCCGUGUAGGGGCAUUCAGACGCCAACUGGAAAAGAUCAUUCUGGACAAACACGAAGACACAAUGAGCAAAAUGGGUGCUAUUUUGGCCUCCGGAAUCCUGGAUGCCGGAGGUAGAAACGUGACAAUCAAGUUACUUUCCAAGACAAAACACGACAAAAUCACUGCAGUUGUUGGGCUUGCUGUUUUCAGCCAGUUUUGGUACUGGUACCCUUUGAUCUACUUCAUUAGCUUAGCCUUCUCCCCUACUGCUUUAAUUGGGCUCAACUAUGACUUGAAAGUCCCACGAUUUGAUUUCUUGUCACAUGCCAAACCCUCCUUGUUUGAGUACCCUCGCCCCACAACUGUACCUACUGCCACGUCAGCGGUCAAACUCCCGACUGCUGUUUUGUCCACCUCAGCAAGAGCCAAGGCUAGAGCUAGCAAAAAGGAGGCUGAAAAAGCUAAUGCUGACAAGUUAUCUGCUGCUGAAUCUUCGGGGAAAGGAAAAGCUUCCGCUGAAAAGGAUGCUGAUUCAAUGCAGGUGGAUGGUGCUGGUGCUGGUGCGGAGAAGGAGAAAGAGAAGAAGGCUGAACCAGAAGCAACUUUUGAGAUCCUAACAAACCCAGCAAGAGUAGUCCCUGCUCAAGAGAAAUUCAUUAAGUUUUUAGAAGACAGUAGAUAUGCUCCGGUGAAAGCAGCUGCAUCUGGUUUUGUACUUUUGAAGGACCUUCGCCCAACCGAACCAGAAGUCUUGGCUCUAACCGAUGCACCGACAUCGACCGCAUCAACCGCUGCGGGUGCACCGGCAACCGCACAACCGGGCGCAGCCAUGGUUGUGGAUGAUGAACCGCAACCACCCCAACCUUUUGAAUACAGCACGUGAUGAUGAUAUGAUGUUUAGUUGGUUUGUUUGUUUGUGACUUAUUGGAACUAAUGUAGACG